GUCGCAUUCAAUUAAUUCGUUCAUGAUGCGCCGGUCGCGUGUCAGGUUAUCUUAUCAUAUCUACAUACAUACAUACAUACAUAUUCCAUUACCUUAUCCCACGAUUGCCGGUUGUCGACCAUCGAGAUUCAACACAGCACCAUAUCACUUACACCCUCUUUUCACCACGAUGAUGGUCCUUUGCCUGUAUUAGAAGCAUAAUAGUCGUACGGACCGCGUAUAUGUGCCUUCGUUUUCCCGCACCUCACCGUUGCCGGCCAUGGAUCCCUCUGCCUCUCCCCUGACCCAACAGGCUCGGCCUGAAUCCUUCCAGCCAAAGGUGGUUCAACUAUACGAGGCGCUAUUCAAGGACGACGUUGAUCCAGACGCCGAUAAGCCUGAGGGCUUCUGGACCGAGUUCUUCCUUCUAAAACCCGAUCGGAACUCUUUGCAGAGGAUACUCGCCCGGCUUGGACCCGACGACUUGAUCGGUCUACAGUUGCAAACCCAGCAACUUUUCUUCCGCGCCGUAGAAUGCUUGAAGAAGGGCAAUGGAGUAGCCGACGCGCACGCCCUCGAGACCCUAACAACUUUCUUCUCCGCCGUCCUCCCUAAGAAAUAUACGAAUCCGAGCUCAGAUAUAAUAGCCGUGUUAGCAGGGCUGGAUCAGGUUGAUGCCGUCUUCACUGAUUUUGUAGGCGCUCUGGACGGGAUUAUCCGCAACGGUAAAUCAAUGGAGGUUAGGCAGAAAGCCGUUGAGGUCGUUUUAUCCAUCACCUCGGGCGCGUACCAGACAAGCCUCCUGACGUAUUUCAUACAACGCGAUCUUUUCCCCGCCAUCAUGAAGUUCAUCCAAGAAUCGGACUCGCCGCAUAGGGUCCUAGAACCGUUCAUGUUGUUGGGCCUGCUGGCAAACUACAACAAAUUCGAAUUCCAAAACCCCUAUCAACUUCGGCUGAACGAUUUCGUCAACGAGGCGACUAUACAGAAGGUUGUCAGAUGUGUUGGACACACAUGCCGAAAUCUGAGAGGCCAAUAUAUCGAUAUUUUACAGGACUUGCCCGAAGGAUGGACCAUCGCGAACACUUUGAACAUGAUUGGUCUUGGAGCCAUCGCUCCCGGUCCAAGGUCGAAUCAGAAGCCAACAUAUGAUCCGGAGGAAGCUAAGCAGAUGUUCGCAAAAUUGCCGGGCGAAGACGCUGCUGUGCUGCUAGGAACAUACGAUUUCAGCCACGCCAACAAGCUCUUCUGCUUCAAUCUUGUCUCGCUACCAGCUGAGAAGGGCGAAGAGCAGCCCAUCUCUAGUUUCUUAUCGUUGACCUCUUACCUUCUCCAACAUGCUUUCCUAUCCACCCGAGCUACUAACUACGCGCACCUCAGCCUGAUGGUUUUUCGGCUGCUCAUUGAAGACCAGCUUCUGUGUAAACGGUUAUGUAGCGACGAGAGCAAGGUCGCCGUCAGACUCUGUCGUCAGCGGCAGCCUUUCCUCCCGGCCGUUCGAGGGGAGCGCAUCUUGGCAACUAGUGUUCUAGAUACCAUGAUUGACGGUAUCAAUCACAACCUACGUCGCAGGCUAGACGUUAGUUUGUACACCCUAUGUGUUGGUAUUAUGCUGCGCAUCAUAUCAUACCUAUCGCGGUCCCGAACCCGAUUGCAGUAUCAUUGGUCCGAGCUGUUCCGCUCACUCUUGUCCCUUAUCCGAUUCCUCACGACCUACGCCGCCGAUAUGAAGGGCCUAUCGCACUUCGAUUCUCUGCUGGAUCUUGUCGUGAACCUCUUGGCUCUCUCCCUCUCCGCCGGCGAGGCAUUCCUUCCUACUCCAGCCGCCUACGACGAUCUAUUCUACAAAGUUGUAGAGAGCGGCGAGGUCUUGAUAAAGUUCCGCGACACGUACGCCCUCUCAAGUCGGCCGUCAAAUUCAAUAGGUACCCUCGUCAGCGUGAGCGCGCAUUACAAGACCAUGCUCGAGUCUGGCGGGUCCAAAAGAAAUCUCACUAGCACGGAGGUAGCGGAAGUGAUAAAACAGGGCUACGAGACAUUGAGUAUCCAAGCCAAGGAAGGACUUGACGGCUGGGAGAGAUAUCGCGAAGCCGACGAAAGGACGCUUCUGAAGAAGAUGGCACGGGCGACCGUCACGGACGUCCAUAUUAUCGUCCAAGCAUAGAUAGUGCGGCUCGAGGUUUAGGCGUGGCACCGACCGAGUCAGAAACAUGUACGCACCGUAGAUCCGGACAGCUC